GGUUGAACAGUUAGGGGUCACCGACCUGUGUACUCAGCAAACAGCUGGUGACUUGCCUGUCUCUCCCAAUCUGGGUGUUACCUCCUGUAAUUGGUCGCCCUCCUCCUUUACCUGUUUUCAGAACCAGGUUAUCUGAGUUGUUCGAGAAGAGUUGGGCAGAACGAAGAGUUCAAUAUGACGCUGUUGUGCAAAUGUUUCCGUUUGGCUUCUCGCCCUUCUCAGGCAGUAUGGGCCCUCGGACAAACCUGCAGAGCAAGCGCCACUCACAGACCUUUAGCCCAGGAGUUGGAGGGACCACUAAACUUUUCUGAUGGCAAAGUCUUCAAGCUUAAAAGUGGAUGGGAGGUUGUCCGAGGUCUUCUGAUAUUUAGGAUGUGCUCCUUCCCAACUCUGGUGAAACACUCUGAAAAGUUAAUGUCACUGUCACGCAGACUGCUAGGCCGCCGUCUCUUUGAGUUGGGUAUGAGACGGUCGGUUUAUGGACAGUUUGUGGCCGGGGAGACAAUUCCUGAGAUCAAAGAUAGCGUCAGUCGGCUGAGAAAGAUGGGGAUUCGUCCCAUGUUGGCAGUUCCCAUUGAGGAGGACCUGGGCGAGAGCAAAAGCGGAGAGCGCUGGUAUGAGCUAAACGAAGAGGUCAUGCGGGACUGCGUCAAUCUCUCGGCUGCUGGUGGAGACCGACCCAUGAUGCAACUCAAAAUCACUGCGCUAAUGAGUGCCGACCUGUGUAAGCGGCUGUCUGCGUGUCUAUCUGACCCGUCGCUUGAAAGAGAACUCAGGGUGCAGAGAAUUGUCUCAGUCAUGGAAAGGGAGGACUCUUCUUUCCCCUUUCUGUCCGAGGAGCAGAACUUGCACCUGCAGAAUGCUGUGCGCAGACUGAGCCGGAUUGGGAAGCAUGCUAGAGCCAGCCGGGUCUGUGUUUUGGUGGAUGCAGAAUAUACGUAUAUGAACCCUGCCCUUAGCCUGGUUACCAUGGCGAUGAUGGCUCAGUGUAAUGAAUCCGAACCGUGGAUAUGGAAUACAUACCAGUGUUAUCUGACGGAGACUUUCUCAAACCUCUCCCAUGAUUUGGAAGUGAUCCAAAGACUGGGUGUGUGUUUCGGAGUCAAGCUGGUACGCGGCGCCUACAUGGACAAAGAACGUAGGUUGGCACGAGAGAAGGGUUACAGUGACCCCAUACAGCCAGACUGGGAGGCUACCAAUCAGAGUUACCAGCGGGCACUGGACAAAAUGCUGGAUCUGAUCGGAAAAGAUGGGAAGAGAUAUAACCUCAUCAUCGCCAGUCACAACGAGAAUUCUGUUCUGCACGCCACUCGGAGGAUGGCAGAACUGGAUAUUGAUAAGGACAGUGGAGCUGUGUGCUUCGGACAGCUGCUGGGCAUGUGUGACCACGUGUCCCUUACUCUAGGUCAGGCAGGUUACCUCGUGUAUAAAUCAAUUCCCUACGGGUCCGUCAAUUCUGUGCUGCCAUAUCUGGUCCGAAGAGCGCAAGAGAACCAGAGUGUCCUUCAAGGGAUUAGAAAGGAGAGGGAACUUCUACGCCGAGAGCUGAGGAGGCGAUUGCUUGGCAAACGAUAGACAAUCUGCAGUCUAGGCCAAAGGCAGAAGAGGACUUCAGGCUGAUGUUCAAAUCACGGCAAAGAGAAGAGUCAAUAUCUCCAAAACAACGUCUAGAACAAUACGUAGACGGACAUUUAAUUGGAAGAGCAUAUAAUGUGCGAGACCCACCAAGGUCUCCGAAGACAGAAAAAAAUAUCUACAUUUUUAACAGUGUCUGGAAUAAAUAAAAUUUUAUUAGUAAAAAUCUGUGUCUCAGAAACAAAUAACAUUUAUAGUAUGAUUUAAAUUUAAAACAUACCGGUGGG